AUGGGAUUUCUAGAGGUUUUUUUUUAUUUUGGGGGGAUUUUUUUGGGAUUUUUUGGGUUUUGGGACUUCCCCCGGCUCCAGGACCUCGUGGUGCAGGAGACGAUCGAGGACCUGGACCGGGACGGGGACGGAUUCAUCCAGGUGGACGAGUACAUCGCUGAUUUAUUCGAGGGCCCCCCCGGCUCCCCCGAGCCCCCCGAAAUCCAACGGGAACGGGAGCAAUUCCUAAAAAUCCGGGAUCGGGACCGGGACGGGCGCCUGGGACCCCCCGAGGUGAAACUUUGGCUCAGCCCCCCCAGCCCCGACUGGGCCGGGGUGGAGGCCGAGCACCUCAUCCACCACGCCGACCUGGACCUGGACGGGGCCCUGAGCCGGGAGGAGAUUUUGGGCCGCUGGGAACUUUUCGUGGGGAGCCGAGCCACCGACUACGGGCAGGACCUGCACAGGGCCCACGACGAGCUCUGAGCCCCAAAACCGCCCCAAAAUAUCCAAAAAACAUCCCAAAAUAGCCCCCCAAAAUUCACCAAAAUAGCCCCCAAAAAUCACAAAAAUAUCCCCAAAAAUUCAUAAAAAUAUCCAAAAAGUUCCCCCAAAAAUCACAAAAAUAUCCCCAAAAAUUCCCCCCCAAAAUUCGAAAAUAUUCCCAAAAAUAUCCCAAAAUAGCCCCCAAAAAUUCACUAAAAUAUCCCACUAAAUCCCCAAAAAUAUCCCAAAGUAGACCCCAAAAAUUCACAAAAAUAUCCACAAAAAUUCACAAAAAUAUCCAAAAAAUGCCCCCCAAAAAUUCACUAAAAUAUCCCCAAAAAUUCAUUAAAAUAUCCAAAACAUUCCCCAAAAACAUUCCAAAAUAGACCCCAAAAAUUCACCAAAAUAUCCCCAAAAAUCCUCAAAAAUAUCCCAAAAUAGCCCCCAAAAAUAUCCCAAAAUAUCCCCCAAAAAUUCACCAAAAUAUCCCCAAAAUUCACAAAAAUAUCCCCAAAAAUAUCCCAAAAAAUUCCCCCAAAAAUUCACCAAAAUAUCCCAAAAUAGCCCCCCAAAAAUUCCCCAAAAAAUACCAAGAAUAUUCCCAAAAAUAGCCCCCAAAAAUUCACCAAAAUAUCCCUAAAAAAUCACAAAAAUAUCCCCGAAAAUUGACAAAAAUAUCCCCAAAGAUUCACCAAAAAAUCCAAAAAAUAUUCUCAAAAAUAUCCCAAAAUAGACCCCAAAAAUUCACAAAAAUAUCCACAAAAUUUCACAAAAAUAUCCAAAAAAAUUCCCCCAAAAAUUCACCAAAAUAUCCCCAAAAAUUCAUAAAAAUAUCCAAAAAGUUCCCCCAAAAAUUCACAAAAAUAUCCCAAAAAAUAUUCCCGAAAAUAUCCCAAAAUAGCUCCCAAAAUUCACAAAAAUAUCCCCAAAAAUUCAUAAAAAUAUCCAAAAAAAUCCCCCAAAAAUUCACAAAAAUAUCCCCAAAAUUGCCAAAAAAAUACCCAAAAUAUUCCCAAUAAAUCCCCAAAAAAUCUCAAAAUUGAUCACAAAAAUCCACAAAAAUAUCCACAAAAAUUCACAAAAAUAUUCCCAAAAUAUUCCCAAAAAUAUCCCAAAAUAGCCCCCAAAAAUUCACCAAAAUAUCCCCUAAAAAUCCCAAAAAUAUCCCCAAAAAUACCAAAAAUAUUCCCAAAAAUUAAAAAAAAUUCACAAAAAUAGCCCCAAAAACUUGAAAAUAUUCCCAAAAAGAUUCCAAAAUACCCCCAAAAAUUCAUAAAAAUAUCCAAAAAAUUCCCCAAAAACAUUCCAAAAUAGACCCCAAAAUUCACAUAAAUAUCCCAAAAAUUCACCAAAAUAUCCCCAAAAAUCCCCAAAAAUAUCCCAAAAUAGCCCCCAAAAAUUCACCAAAAUAUCCCCUAAAAUAUCCCAAAAAAUUCCCCCAAAAAUUCACCAAAAUAUCCACAAAAAUUCAUAAAAAUAUCAAAAAAAUGCCCCAAAAAUUCACAAAAAUACCCCAAAAUAGACCCCAAAAAUUCACAAAAAUAUCCAAAAAAAUUCUCCCCAAAAUAUCCCACACAAUUCCCCCAAAAUAUCCCAAAAAAAACCCGAAAAAUAUCUCAAAAUCGACCCCAAAAAUAUCCCAAAAAGGUCCCCAAAAAUUCACAAAAAUAUCCCAAAUUUUGGGUAUUUGGGAAUAAAAAUUUGGGGUCGUUGCCCCAAAACCCAAAAA